AUGGCUAAUACCAUUGAUCUUCGUUCUAUUGCCGUUGAUUUAAAUUCGUGCCCGACUGUUCAAACUCAUUCGCCACCUGUCCAAUUAGAAACCACCGAUUAUAGUGAAUUAUUACGAAAAGUAGCUGGUAUUAAUGUUACAUCAUUUCCUUGCUUGCUAAUCUGUAUUUCUAUCGAUCUUAUCCUUACAUUAAUUACUUUGGGAAUUGGUGCAGCGAACCAAUCAGCAUGUCCUAUCGAGCCUCGCAUUCCACUUUAUCUAAUCGUUUUUGGCAGUGUCAGUCUUAUUUGUAUUUGUUUCAGUACGAUUGCUCUUAUAAUUCACAAUCUUAAAAAAGAUGAACAUAUGCUUAGCUUUUGUUGUGUUCAUUGUACAGCAAUUAUGAUAAUAAUCUUACAAAUCUUUCGUUUUGUAUGGUUAAUCAUCGGGAGUGUUUGGGUCUUUCGUAUUUUCCUUGAUGUCCAAUAUGUCGGACUCGAUCAAUCGACUUAUUGUCAAGCAAACGUAUAUCAAUUCACGAUCUUUCAAGUGAUUUUACAAUAUGUUCUCCCAUGUGUCUUGUGCUACCUUAAAAAUGUUCCAUUUCGGUUUUAA